UCCCCAUCUAACCUCACUCCAGGCCGUCACUUCUGACAGUGCGGCUUCAAUGUUUGUUUGUCGAACUUAAAAGUCGUUUAUUUGCCGUUUUUUAAAUAACUUUCUUUGUGGGGGCCACGAAAAACAUGCCAGUGUAGUCGCCAUCUGUGGUUUCUGUGUGAAAAACCCCCCUAGAAGAGCUGCUGUUGCAAUGCACGGCACCAAACCGAAGGCCCAAAGCACGCCAAAUCGUGAGCCCCACUGCCGCAGAAGCGUCAGAGACUACAGGGACGAGAACAUGAGCCCCGUGCCGUUGAUGGAGAGUGCGCUUCCUUCUGACCGUUCACCGAACCUGCGCGAGUUGUCCGGAUCCCCAAGGGCAAGGUUGCAUCGCCAAGGUGAGACUCCUGAGGGCUCAGAAUCGGGUUCCGAUGACUCCGAUCAGUGUGAAGAACCAGAUCAGGAGCCGCGCAGAAGAUCUGAGUAUGCUCAGGUCGCUUCGCGACCCCGUCAGCCCUCCGUACAGCCUGCAAAAGCUGUUUCUUUGCGACCACGUCAGCCCUCCGUACAGCCUGCCAAAGCUGUUUCUUCACAGGGAUGCUUUUGGCUUGUGCUCGGCCAUGCCGUGGCCAGGGCCACAACUACGAUUGAUUUUGCUGCCACUUAUUCUGGCCGUGCUGCGACCUCCCGAGGUCGCCUCCAAAGGCAACGUUGGCUGUCUCUUCAGCGAACUCAACUGCAAAGAAGAGGAGGAAUGGUGCUACAAUGACCGCGCCUUCGGGCAGUGCCUGUCCUUGUAUGACGGGUUUGAAGAGGAGGAUCUUUACAGGUUCAGCCUCUCGAAGCAAGAGCUGCACGAUCUGAGCAAGGAGCUGCGCAGACUUUUUGCGCUCGGGUAUCGUUGGGGCCACGCCUACACUCAAUGUCGCCUCAAAGGGAUGCUCUACGCCCUCAAAACCGGCACGGAAUUCGACCCGAUCACCUGCUUCAAGGACUCGGACAACGACCUGGAGGGGGCGCUGCGCGCCCUUGAAAGUUUCGACCAGCCGGAUCCGCGCGAGCUGGCCAUCAUCAGGUACACGCCCAGUUCGGCCAAUGGCGAUCCGCAAUUCGCCGACGAAAUCUACUACCCGCCCACCAGUGAGGAUCGCGAGCUCGAGGAGUUGAGGAGGAGGAUUCUGGGGCCGGAUGAAGGUGUCGACUUGGAUCUGCCCCCACCCGAGGUCCAGUAUGCGCUGCGCAAAAGGGCGUUGCCGCUGCCGAUGCGGCGCAGAUCGAUUGCGCCGUUUUUUGAUGGAAGAUAUGGAGUGCCGAAAUAUCGGCGCUCCGACCAGGAGGCGAAUCGGCCAGAGGCGCGCGAUCCGGAGGACGAGGUUUUUGCGCUCCUCAAAAUGCUGAACGACCUCCAAGUCUCCCCGCAGGACCUCAGAGCGUAUCUGAGCCCGGAAAACUAUGGAAAACUCUCCUCAAUUGCCAUCAACGAUCCGAAACUGGAGCAGCUCCAGUUCCUCCCGAACAAUGAGGGGAUUGAGGAGGAAAACGAACUGCCAGACGCCCCCAAGCUCUACGGUUGGGCGCAGAAUCCGCUCGAUCUGCCCGAAACGCGCAUUUACGAAGAAGACGACGAAGUUCCGGAACCGGCCGAGUACGGCAGCGGGGCGCCAGCCGAGAUCUUCACCGAGCGCAAACUCGAGUUUCUCAACCCGAACGCGAACGAAGUUUUCCGAGAACUGAAGCAGAAGCAGCAAGAGGAGGACGACAGUUUCGAUCGCAAAUGGAAGCCGAUUUUGUACAGCGAAGGUGGCGCCGAACCCGAAAAUCUGGACCGACUCAGUGCGCCGUCCGAUUUGAAUCUGUGGGACCGUUACAGUAUGGGCUUCAAGCGGCCGGAGCGUCUCGACGUCAAAAAACCCGGCCCCCCCUUCGACCCCGCCAUCACCAAACCAGGGACGCACCCAAAAAACGACCUUCUCCCCUCCAUGAUCAAGAAGGAGCCGAGAGGCGCGAACCCGCUGGAGGGGGCGAGGAGUCGCGAGGUUGAGCACCGACAGCAGGAGGAGGAGGAGGCGGAGGAGGCCGGCCAGUACGUGCACGUGGAGUUUCGCAACGUUUUGCGCGAUUGGCGCCAAGGCAAGGACAUCAUCAGGAACAUUUCGAAUCUGCUGCGGAUGGAAGCGCGCGACUUUGUUGACGCCUCGGUCAAUAGCAAUUCGGUGUCGUUCCGAGUGGCGCCGACCAACAAUCGCGGAUACAACUCGACCGACGUUGCCAAACGCAUCGAUGCGAUGAAGCAGGACUUUGAAGCCACCAUUGGGUUGGAUGUCGUUUCGGUUGGCGUGGGGAAUAAGAUCCGCAUGCAGCACGUGCUCUUCACCCAAGUGAACCCCGACAAUCAGUUCAUCGUCGUCUCGCUGGUCUGCGGCAUUCUGGUGGCGCUCAUUGUGGCCACCAUCGUUCUCAUCCUGGUGCGGCGCCACGCCCGCUCCAAGGAAAAACUGCACGGCCUGAACCAGCCGGACAGCGAAGCCUCGAAGGACUACCAGGACUUGUGCAGGGCGCGCAUGGCCGUCAAAGGGCCGGGCACCGACGCCGCGCAUGACAAAGGUCGCAUCACCUCACUGUCCAGGGAGUCCGAGCAGAGUCCCUCGAGCCGAUCGAGCACGUCGUCCUGGAGCGAAGAGCCCGCGCUGCACAACAUGGACAUUUCCACUGGCCACAUGGUGCUCAGCUACAUGGAGGACCAUCUGAAGAACAAAGACCGUCUGGAUCGGGAGUGGGAGGCGCUGUGCGCCUACGUGGCUGAGCCGUGCGACACCUCGAUUGCGCUGAAGACACCCAACAGGGAGAUGAACCGGUACCCUGAGGUGGUGCCGUAUGAUCAUGCGCGCGUCGUGCUGAACGAGCUGUCCAAUGCGAGUGGGUGCGACUACAUCAACGCGUCCAGCAUCACGGAUCACGACCCCAGGAACCCGGCCUACAUAGCGACGCAGGGGGCGCUGCCGCACACUGCGCCCGCCUUCUGGCAGCUGAUUUGGGAGCAGGGCGCCGUGGUGAUCGUGAUGCUGAGCCGGCUGACGGAAGGGGGCGCCGCCAUGUGCCAUCGCUACUGGCCCGAGGAAGGCUCCGAACUCUACCACAUCUACGAGGUGCACCUGGUGAGCGAGCACAUCUGGUGCGACGACUAUCUAGUGCGCUCCUUCUACCUGAAGAACGUCAAAACGGGCGAAACGCGGACAGUCACCCAGUUCCAUUUCCUCUCCUGGCCGGAGGCCGGCGUGCCUGCAUCCACCAAGGCCCUGCUGGAGUUCAGACGAAAAGUGAACAAAUCGUAUCGGGGCCGGUCCUGUCCGAUUGUCGUCCAUUGCAGCGACGGCGCAGGCCGCACCGGCACUUACUGUCUGAUCGACAUGGUUCUGAGCCGAAUGGCGAAGGGGGCGAAGGAGAUUGACAUUGCGGCCACGCUGGAGCAUCUGAGGGAUCAGCGGCCCCGCAUGGUGGCCACCAAGCAGCAGUUCGAGUUCGUGCUUACCGCCGUGGCGGAAGAGGUGCACGCCAUCCUGAAGGCGCUGCCCCCCCAACCAUCCCCCCUGCCCCAGGCGACGCCGGAGAAACCCGAAAAAUAACCUCAAUAGAUCGCAGACCUGCAUAUUGAGGAAAUUCUCGAUUUGUUGGCGCAUUCGCCAAUUGGUCGAGGAUUUCGCACGACACUGGCACCAGUCCACGGCUUUCUACGAUCACUGAUUACGCAUGCGCAUCCAAGGGCCGUUCUGAGCGCGACCUAUUUUCGCCCAAUUUCAGUCCCUUUUACCUUCUGAUCCACAUAUCUAGUAGACUCUAUCAGGAUUCGCCACAAUCGGCAAAAACUAUCCGGAUAUUUUCCUUAAACCGAAAAAAAAACCCACAGAAGAUUGCUUUAUCUAGAUCUAGAAUCCAUGUUUCCUCUAUAUUCUAUAUAGAUAUAUAUAUAUAUAUAAAAAUAUAUGUAUAUUGAAUGUUAAAAAAUCAUCCACUCGAACCGAAAAAACCGGUCGUAUUUUUAAGCAUCUUCUUAAAAAUACGACAAGUUUCCGUGUGGCGUGUCUUUAAUCAUCCAGCCUCUUAAAAACACGUCACACCAACCCACCCAUUCUUCCCCCGUUCUUCUGUUCUCCCCUGACGUCACUAGACUGAUUUUCAUAUUUCCCGGGCUCUCCAACUGAUUGGAAUGGACGGCAACGUCGAAAGCCGGCAAGCGUUUCCAGACCUGCACCGUUGCCGGCUUGUCGACCGUUUUCCCGUGACGACUUUAGUACUUAAGCGAUGGGCGCUUGAGGUUUAAUUAAUUAAUGAAUUAAUUGAUUAACUACUAUAUGGGCGGUAUAAUUACAGAUGUUUUAAACUAUAGAAAAUCUAUUAACUAUUAUGAUAAUCAAGUAUAUUUUGUCAAAUUACCUAAUAAGUAUGAUGUUAAUGUUAUGAAAACUGCAUGAGCUGAUCAUCAGUGUACUGAUUCUAUCUGAAAUUAGAUUAGUGUAAUGUAUUUCUGUGUACGUAUACAGCACAUGAGUUGUUGUUA